AGUAAGAGCCCAAGAGAUGUAGCAUAAACUUACUGAGAAACAUUCAUUGAAAAUCAGUAAUAAAAUCUGUGUGCAUGGUACCUGGAAAAGAGGCAAGCAAGCGAAGCAGGGUAAGAUGUGAACAGUAUUGUAGUUGCAACUAAGCACCCACCCAUGCAGGUGCUCCUUCCUGCUGGUAGGAUGAAGGAGAGAAAUGGAAAGGUAAAAGUGAGAAAAACUUUUAAUAAGUUGUAACAGUUUAAUAAGUGAUAGGCUAGGAAGAAACACUAACCAAAGUGAUGCAAAGGGGGAUACUGAGACACUGUAUCUCCCCAAAGGAGGCUAAAUCCCCAGCCAGUCUGUGAAGACCAAACUCACAGCUUUUAUUGCAGAGCCUGACGUAUGGUAUGGAGCACCUCCUCAGUCAGUUCAGGUCAGCUGCCCCAGCAGUGUCCCCGCACUGCUGGCUGGGGGGGGGUGAGGAAGGGCUCGAUGCUGUGCCAGCCCUGCUCUGAGCAGUGCUGCGCCCAUUCAGCCAUUGCCAGCAGCGGUGGGGAUGCACAGCAUGGGCUGCUGUGAGGAAAGCUAACUCCACCCCAGCCCCACCCAGUGAAAACUUGAAUGUAGUGAAGGAAAUACUAAAUAAAAUGUCUCAAAUGGUUGAGGUUAAUGAGAACAGUGUAAAUGGAAAUAGCAGUAGGUUGUUGUUUUUUUUUUUUAAUUUAGGUUUUUGUAUUUGGUGUUCGUAAGUAAAGAUCGGAAAAUCCUGUGGGAACAGCGGAAAAAUCCUAAACCAUGUAGUUUGUAAAAGUUAACCUGACUGGAGAAAGACUGCCUGUUUGUGUUGACUUACGGAAAAAUCCUUCCAUGGCAUUGCAUCCUGCCCUACCUACACAAGAACAACAUAUUUUGCAAACUUCUUGUUGUCUGAAUGAACAGUUAAAGCCAUUUCUAUAAAAAAGAAUAAAAGGAGGUUAAAGGUCGGUGACAUUCAAUCGAGUCAAGCGCCUCCUGAGGGUGCCGUGGGGCGCGUUACUUGGCGUGCGCCGCGCCGGGUUUCCCGCCUUUUUCCUCGGGGGUGGGUGGGGUGGAGGCGAGAGCGCGCCCAGUCCUCCGCGCCUGCCGCCGGAGCAGUCGUGUGUGGCGGUGAGGGGGUCGGGAGGGCGUGAGGCGGCCUGCCUCCCUGCCGCUGCUGGGGGCCCUCCGUGUGAGGCGGCGAGAGUGGGGAACGAGGCCAUCGCGCGGCAGGGGGGUGAAAGAUGUGGGGGCUGAGAGUAAAGGAACAGGGUUAGGACACUGUGACGCCCCUUUAGCUUUUGGCACCCCAGUGGCUUCCCCCCUGAAACGUGUUCUGGGGGUGGGGUGGGCCCAAGUCUCCCAUGCUCUCAGAGGUAGAAACAGGUGGGUCCCCUGGUGAAAAGCCCCACACAGGAAAUUAACACAAAUACCGGUUUAUUUCAUAUCUUUUGGGGCAGGGUGAAAAAAGGAGGUGAGUUUCUCUCAAAAAUCAUCCUUAAAUACACAACUGUGGACUGGAGAUACUUGAAUCAGCUAAAGCAGUAGGAACAAAAUCUCAUUAUGGCACCAUCGGGAAGAAAGCAUGGAGGAAAAGCUAGUAAAGCAGCCCAAGAGGGUCAAGCCAUACCUGCCUAUGACUUUCAGGAGGACAGAAAAGAGCUGAGUGGAUCGGAAGAAGAUAUUAGAGAAGGUGAAACACCGGUAAUGGACAAGCAUGUAAAGAAAAGACCUUUGGUGACUACUCGUGUGGUUCCAGAUGAUGUUGGGGGUGAAGUACAGAAUAUGCUGGAAAGAUUUGGAGCUGACAUUAACAAGGCUCUCUUAGCUAAGAGGAAAAGAUUGGAAAUGUAUACGAAAGCCUCACUCAAAACCAGUAACCAGAAGAUUGAACAGGUUUGGAAAACGCAGCAGGAGCAAAGGCAGAAGCUCAAUAACGAGUUCUCCCAGCAGUUCCUGACUUUAUUUCAGCAAUGGGAUGUAGAUGUGCAGAAAGCAGAGGAGCAGGAAGAAAAACUAGCGAAUAUGUUUCGUCAGCAACAAAAAGUUUUUCAACAGGCAAGAAUAGUUCAAAGUCAGAGACUAAAAACCAUUAAGCAACUCUAUGACCAGUUGUUAAAGAGCAUGGAAGAGCUGGAGAAGAGCAAUGAAAAUCUUCUAGCUGAUGCACAAUGUGAACUUCGCAAGGAAAUGGCUAUGUUGCAGAAGAAGAUUAUGAUGGAUACUCAACAGCAGGAGAUGGCAACUGUUCGCAAGUCUCUUCAGUCCAUGUUAUUCUGAUGGCUCAAUGGAGAAACAACUUGUACCUAAGUAACACGAUACAAGUAUAGGCAUUAGCCAUAGAGAAGUAUGUUAAGAUUUAAAUGUCUUAAAGUUGAUAUUAAACGCUUUCAUGAUUGUUCUAA